AUGAUUCCCCGGGUAGCAGCCAUAGUGGCAGCCCUCUCUGGUCUUGUCCCAGGCGCAUUGGCAUCUCGCACAGCAUCAUGUUCGAAAAGUACUUUCAAGUCACUUGAUCUUAAAGGCAUCAAGAUCACUUCACUCGAUGUAACUCCUGCCCACAACUAUUCCACCAGCGGUCGCAACGCCACAGGUGGUGCCGGUGUCAUUCCCGAUAUACCUGGCUCCCCUGCACCGACAGUGGACAUCUGCUUCAUCGCGAUCACCUAUACACACCACGGGCAGAAAGAUGUUGUGAACGCCUACAUCGGGCUCCCUCUCAACGCCAAGGACUGGAACUCGCAAUUCCUGAUGGACGGUGGUGGAGGCUGGUAUGCCGGAGGCCAGCCUGAGGUUCUCUCACCAGUUCUGGCAGGCUACGCAUCCUCCUCUACUGAUGGAGGACACGGUGUUACCGCUUCGACGGGAGACUGGGCUUUGACUAAGAAGGGAGAUAUCGAUUGGCCUACUGUUUGGGACUUUUCUUCUGUCGCCAUCGCUGAGGCAGCUAUUCUGGGAAAGAUGGCCACGAAGAUGUACUACGGCUCGGAACCAAAGUACUCUUACUGGCAUGGCUGCUCCACUGGUGGUCGUCAAGGUCAUGCUAUGGCCCAGCAAUACCCCGAGCUCUUCGAUGGAAUUGUGGGUGGUGCUCCGGCAGUCAAUUGGGACAAGUUUGCUCCCGCUGGCUUCUGGGGUCCCUUGAAAGCUCAGCUUCUUGGUGUCCAGCCACCUAUUUGCGUUCUUGAGGCGUUUACCAACGCUGCUAUCGCAGCCUGCGAUGAGCUCGACGGUGUGAAAGACGGAAUCAUCGCCUUGCCAGGACAAUGUCAUUUCAAAGCUUCAUCUUUGAUCGGCCAAAAGGUUCAAUGUGUUGAACCAAACGGAGAGAUCACAAUUACUGACAAGAUGGCCGAGCUUGUUGCUGCAGUGUGGGACGGACCUGAAUCUGAAAAUGGACGAUUUGAAUGGUACGGUUUCCACUACGACUCCAACCUAGCGGCUAUGAUCGGUACAACAUGCACAUCGAUCGACGAUUGCACAAUCAGCCCAUUCUUUGUUAGCGAUGACUGGGUCAAGGUCUUCCUCGCUCGUGACCCAUCCUUCAACACGAGCACCCUCACCCAUCAGGACUACGAUCGUCUCUUCCACCAAUCGGUUCGCCAAUUCUCUUCUGUGAUCGGAACCGAGAACCCAGAUCUGAGCAAGAUGCGGCGUGCAGGAACAAAGAUGAUUGCAUGGCAUGGUAUGCAAGACCAGCUUGUUCCUACGAACGGUACGGUGGACUACUAUAACCGCGUGCUCGAACUGGAUUCCUGUGCCGCAGACUAUUACCGUCUCUUCUUGGCACCUGGAGUGACUCAUUGCGGAUUUGGCCCUGGCUUUGACCCUGUUGAGACCGUCCUCGGGACUCUGAAGGCGUGGGUUGAGAACGGUACUGUUCCAGACCGUCUUCCAGCCACUGCGGUUGCAGUGGCACCUUCCAACACCUCAACCACACGUACUGGGUAUCUGUGCCCGUACCCGGAGGUUUUUACCUACACGGGUGGAAACCCCAAUGAGGCCUCGUCUUUCACUUGUGUCAAAUAG